AUGAUGUCUGCAUUACAGAAUUGGUAUGAUGUGCUACCAGAACCCAAACUCCAACACAUCUCACCGCAGGACUUCGGUUUUAUCACAGGCUCAAUUAACCGACUGCUGGUUGCAGAUAUUUCCAAAUUGGAUCCGCAACUAAUUUUCUGGAUCCGCAACCUGUACACAGAUAUGACCGCCUUCAAUGUUGAACUUACGGAGAUUGAGACGUACAACUGGCUGCGAAUCAAAAUGGAAAACAAUGACCAGAAUCUGAUGGAGUUUCUUUCUGUCUAUCCACACAAAUUGCACGUCUCACAUUUCAACCUAUUGCUCCCAUCAACUGAAACACGGCUUGUGAUAUGUCAAAUGGAAAAGGCCAAGCUUCUUCCCGAUAGAACCUCCGUCAUUCACCUUUUGCAUCACUAUGGUCACCAAAACGACCUCAACAGUGUCCUGAACAUAAUAUUCUUCACGCUUUACGACUUACGAAUCAACAUCGAUGCCCAACUCAUAGAGGCCUUUAUUGAUGCUCUCAUAAACUCCGAUGAGCCAAAACUGGCCAUGUAUCUUUUGAUCCAAAUCUGUUCUGCGUACGAUGAGCAGACGCUUCCUCCCGCCAUCAGUCUCUCCGAAUCGCAGGUGGCCGUUCUGGACUAUCUAGUAUCGAACUUUGUCAACCUCGAACACGCGCAGUUGCAACAGUCAAUCAGGCCAACGGCCCAAAUGCUGCGGCCGUUCCUAAAAUAUUACCGGUCUGCAAGAGAAAAAGACACAUUAUCUGCACUAAUUCAAUUGGUGGACAAAUACGAUAUCGAACUAUAG